AUGUCCCCCCCUUCUCCCUCUCCUUUCCCCCCCCUCUCCCUCUCAUUACCCCCCUCCCCUUCUCCCCCUCAUUUCCCCCCCUUCUCGCUCUCAAAUCCCCAUUUUUCCCCUCUCAUCCCCCCCCUUCUCCCCCUCAUUUCCCCCCUUGCUCCCUCUCAUCCCCCCCCUCUUCUCCCCCUCACUUCCCCCCUUUCUCCCUCUCAUUUCUGCCCUUGCUCCAUCUUAUUUCCCCCCUUGCUCCCUCUCAGCCCCCCCCCCCUUCUCCCUCCCAUCUACCCCCGUUCUCGCCCUCAUUUCCCCCCCUUCUCCCUCUCUCAUUUCCCCCACUGCUCCCCUUCAUUUUGCCCCCUGCUCCUUCUCACUUCCACAUUUGCUCCCUCUCAUUUCCACCCUUGCCGCCUCACACUUCCACCCUUGCUCCCUCUCAUUUUCCCUUUGCUCACCAUCAUUUCCCCCCCUGCACCCUCUCAUUUUCCCCCCUUCUCCCCCACAUGUCCCCCACUUUCUACCUCUCAGUUCACGUGUCCGGAUGCUGUGCAUGUUCACGACAUGCAGGUGGCACUGAAGCAGCAGCAGGAGGAGCAGGCGAGGAGGGAUGAGGAAGAGAGGCGGAGGGAGAGGGAGGAGGAGGAGGUGAGGAGGCUGCAGCGGCAGAUGGUGCAGAGGGCUAUACUCAUGCCCUUCUUUGGACCCCCGUUUCAAACCCCGCAGGUCUACCAAGCGGCCCACACUGUCUCGCUCCCAUCUGCUGCACACCAAUGCCAGGCAUGCAACAGCAGCAGGCAGCAUGUGCGGCAUCUCCUUGCUUAG